AUGAUGGACAGUUACCUAAAGGACAGAAGCGUCACGGUGCGGUAUGCGGGUGAACAGCAUGGUGUGGCAACUAGUAAAGGCUGCGUGCAAGGGUCGAUAGCAGGACCCAUCCUCUGGAAUCUGCUGCUGGACCCACUGCUCAAAAGCCUCCAAAGCAGGGGCGACUACUGCCAGGCGUUCGCGGACGAUGUAGCACUUGUAGUCGAUGGAGACACCGCAAUGGAAAUCGAGGCCAAGGCCAACUCAGCUCUCGAACAUGCUCGUGAAUGGGGAGUCAGAAACAAAUUGAAAUUCGCGCCGCACAAGACCAAUGCAAUGCUCAUUACACGGAAAUUGAAGUACGACACCCCACGCCUGUGCAUGGGCGGGACAAACAUAGAGAUGGUCAAGGAAAUAAAAAUGCUAGGUGUUACCAUCGAUGACAAGCUCACUUUCAACGCACAUGUCUCGAACGUCUGCAAAAAGGCAGUGGGAAUCCACAAGCAGCUCUCCAGAGCGGCAAAGGCAAGCUGGGGACUUCACCCCGAGGUUAUUAGGACCAUAUACGUAGCGACUGUGGAACCAAUAAUCCUGUACGCCGCAAGCGUAUGGGCCCCGGCCGCAACAAAAAUAAGCGUCCAGAAGCAGCUGGCAGCGGUGCAACGAGGGAUAGCGCAAAAGCUGUGCAAAGCGUACCGCACUGUCUCCCUUAACUCUGCGCUCAUCCUGGCAGGGGUGCUCCCUCUUGACCUCCGAGUCCGCGAGGCGGCCUCGUUAUACGAGGCCAAAAGAGGCGUACCCCAGCCAGGGUUGGGUGACUGGGAGGUGGAGAGGAUGGCGCCAGCAGAAGAAAUGCCUCAUCCCGCGGAACGCGAAGAACUGAAACUGACAUGCCUGACAGACCAAAACGACGUUAACAAUUACAGUAAUUACGAAGUGCGAAUUUACACUGACGGUAGUAAGAUCGGGGGCGGAGUCGGAGCCUCACUGUCUAUAUGGCGGGGUGAAACCGAGAUAAAAGCCCGACAACUGACUUUACCUAAGUUCUGCACUGUCUACCAGGCGGAACUUCUGGCUAUUUGCGUGGCCACAAGAGAAGUUAAGAACAACAAAGCAAACACGUUUGGAGUCUACAGCGACUCCAUGGCAGCCCUCCAAACCAUCCAGAACUAUAGUUGCCUCCACCCCUUAGCAGUCGAAGCGAGAGAUAAUAUAAGAGCAAUAUCCCACCAAGGCAAAACUAUCGCUUUGCAUUGGAUAAAAGCACAUGCGGGGUUGGAAGGUAAUGAAAGGGCGGAUGAACUCGCCAAGAGAGCAGCUGCAGACUCCAAACGUAAGCGUGAUUAUGACCAGUGCCCGGUUUCAUUCGUCAAGCGAAACAUUCGUAUGGCGACGCUUGACGAAUGGAAUCGGAGAUACACGACAGGCGAGACAGCCUCAACAACAAAGUUGUUCUUCCCGGAUGCGGUGGCGGCGUACAGGACGGUGCGCAAAAUCGAAUUCACGAAUCCAAUGACACAGCUAAUGACAGGGCAUGGUGGAUUCUCCGAGUACUUACACAGAUUUAAGUGCAAGGAGAACCCAUCAUGCAUAUGUGAACCCGGCAAACCGGAGAGCAUUCCGCAUUUAAUAGCGGAGUGCCCUCAGUUUAGCACACAAAGGCACGAUAUAGAAAAUAAGAUUGAGGAAGGGAUGGAGAUAGAAAAUAUCAGUAAAAUAAUGCAAAACAAGAAUAUUAGAGAUACGUUCUUAGAAUAUUGUGGAAAAAUUAGGUUAAACACCUUCAAACAGCCGUCUACAGCCUCACAGGACAUCGGUAUCGCUACUUGCGAUACAUCGCCGGAAGCGCCUCAACGAGCCCCACAAUUUGACACCCCGCACGCCUCCGGGCGACACACCGUUGGAGCACAAAAGCCAAAAAAACAAAAACCACGUGGCGGCGUGGUCGAAGAUCCAGCGGUGUUCGGCUGA